CUCACUUUAUCACUACUCACUAUAGAGCCCUGGUCAAGUUCUCUCCACCUCUCUAUCUAUGUCUCAGUUUCUUCAUCUGUAACAUCAAAUGAAUAAUAGUACCAACCUCCUAGGCUUCUUAAGAGGAUUAACAAAGACAAAAUAUGGGAAAAACGUAACAUGGUGUCCCAUAAUUAUGAGAUCUUAUUAUUGACACUACAGUGGUAUUAAAAUUACCAAAAGGAAGACAGCAUCUUUUUCCUCUUUGGUCCUGAGCUGGUUAAAGGGAACACUGGUUGCCUGAACAGUCACACUUGCAACCAUGAUGCCUAAACAUUGCUUUCUAGGCUUCCUCAUCAGUUUCUUCCUUACUGGUGUAGCAGGAACUCAGCCAGCACAUGAGUCUCUGAAGCCUCAGAGGGUACAAUUUCAGUCCCGAAAUUUUCACAACAUUUUGCAAUGGCAGCCUGGGAGGGCACUUACUGGCAACAGCAGUGUCUAUUUUGUGCAGUACAAAAUAUAUGGACAGAGACAAUGGAAAAAUAAAGAAGACUGUUGGGGUACUCAAGAACUCUUUUGUGACCUUACCAGUGAAACCUCAGACAUACAGGAACCUUAUUACGGGAGGGUGAGGGCGGCCUCGGCUGGGAGCUACUCAGACUGGAGCAUGACGCCGCGGUUCACUCCCUGGUGGGAAACAAAAAUAGAUCCUCCAGUCAUGAACAUAACCCAAGUCAAUGGAUCUUUGUUGGUAAUUCUCCAUGCUCCAAAUUUACCACAUAGAUACCAAAAGGAAAAAAAUAUAUCUAUAGAAGAUUACUAUGAACUAGUAUACCGAGUUUUUAUAAUUAACAAUUCACUAGAAAAGGAGCAAAAGGUUUAUGAAGGGGCUCACAGAGUUGUUGAAAUUGAAGCUCUACCACCACAUUCCAGCUACUGUGUAGUGGCUGAAAUAUAUCAGCCCAUGUUAGACAGAAGAAGUCAGAGAAGUGAAGAGAGAUGUGUGGAAAUUCCAUGACUUGUGGAAUUUGGCACUCAGCCAUGUGGAAAUUCUGAAGCUCCCUGAGAAUGGGAUGACUCGUGUUUGAAGGAUCUUAUUUAAAGUUGUUUUUGUAUUUUCUUAAAGCAAUAUUCACUGUUACACCUUGGGGACUUCUUUGUUUACCCAUUCUUUCAUCCUUUAUAUUUCAUUUGUAAACUAGAUUUGAACGACAUUCCCCCAAAAAAUUGAAAUGUAAAGACGAGGCAGAGAAGAAAGGGUUCUAUGAAAUUUGGAACUUUAUCUCUGAAUGUAACAUCCCUAAUAACAACCUUCAUUCUAAGACAGCAAAAUAAAAAUUUAACAACCAAUGAAUAGUAUUUAAGAAAAUGUUGAAAUAAGUUUUUUAAAAUAGCGUUACAGACUGAAGCAGUCCUGAAGCAAUAGGUUUUCACUCUCUCAUUGAGCCAAUUAAAUUGACAUUGCUAUGACAAUUUAAAAUUUCUAUAUGGAUGAAUAUUUUUCAUGCAUUUCUAUUUUAUAUGAAUAUAUUUUUAUGUAUUUAUUAUUAUUAAAUAUUUCUACUUAAUGAAUCGAAAUUUUGUUUUAAAUUCUACUUUAUGUAAAUAAGAACAGGUGUUGGAGGAAAAAACUUAUGAUUUCUAGAUUGAUAUCUGAAUUAAAACUAUCAACAACAAGGAA